AUGUCACUGCCAAGUCGGCAAACAGCUAUUGUUAACCCUCCACCACCAGAGUAUAUAAAUACGAAGAAAAAUGGGCGAUUGACAAAUCAGCUACAGUAUCUACAAAAAGUUGUCCUGAAAGCUUUAUGGAAACAUAGUUUUUCAUGGCCUUUUCAACAACCUGUGGAUGCUGUGAAACUAAAGUUACCUGAUUAUUACACCAUCAUUAAAAACCCAAUGGAUUUAAAUACAAUUAAGAAGCGUUUGGAACAUAAAUAUUAUGUGAAAGCUUCAGAAUGUAUAGAAGACUUUAAUACAAUGUUCUCAAAUUGUUAUUUAUACAACAAGCCUGGAGAUGAUAUUGUUGUUAUGGCACAAGCUCUGGAAAAAUUAUUUAAGCAGAAAUUACCUCAAAUGCCACAAGAAGAACAAAUUGUAGGUGGUAAGGACAGAACAAAGAAAGGCACCCAACAGAAUGUAGCUGUUUCUUCUAUUAAAGAAAAAAAAUCCCCUAAGGCACCAGAAAAGAUACCUAAGCAGCAAUUGUCUCCCUCUGUAUUUACUGAGACAAAAGUUUCUCCUUCAAAUACUGCACAGGACUCUCCUCUCAACUCAGCUCCACAAACAGUGACCCAAGUUACAAAGGGUGUGAAAAGAAAAGCAGAUACAACUACUCCUACAACUUCUAUGGUGAAAACAAGCAGUGAGUCCUCCCCAACAUUUACCGAAAAAAAAUCAGUGAAAAUGCCACCUAUAAAAGAAAACGUGCUAAAGAAUGUUUUGCCAGAUUCUCAGCAACAAUGUAAAGUUGCGAAGAGUGUUGAAGUAACCGAACAAUUAAGGCAUUGUAGUGAGAUUCUUAAAGAAAUGUUUGCAAAAAAACACUUGUCAUAUGCAUGGCCCUUUUACAAUCCUGUUGAUGUUAAUGCUUUAGGACUCCAUAACUACUAUGAUAUUGUGAAAAAUCCAAUGGACCUUGGAACUAUCAAGGGGAAAAUGGACAACCAAGAAUAUAAGGAUGCAUAUGAAUUUGCUGCAGACGUUAGACUUAUGUUCAUGAAUUGCUACAAAUACAAUCCUCCAGAUCAUGAAAUAGUGGCAAUGGCACGAAUGCUCCAAGAUGUCUUUGAAGUGCUUUUUGCGAAGAUUCCAGAUGAACCUGUUGAAAGCAUGCCUGUAUGUUGUCUCAAAACAGAAAGCACAAAAACUCUUAAUAAAGAAAGCAAUAAUGGAGCUUCCUCUGAAGAUAACUCUUCUGGUGACUCGGAAGAUGAACGAGUUCGGCGUCUUACAAAACUUCAGGAACAGCUUAAAGCUGUUCACCAACAGCUGCAGGUUCUGUCCCAAGGACCUUUUCGUAAGCUGAAGAAAAAGAAUGAGAAGUGUAAAAGGGAAAAUAAAAAAGAGAAGAUUAAUAGCAGACUUGAAAAUCCAAGGAAAAGGCUUAUGCAAAUGAAAUUAAAGGAAAAUUCUAAGAUCAAUCCACCCAAGAAGAAGAAACAGGCCCCUACUCUGAAACCUGACAAUGAAAUUAAUGCAAAACCUAUGAACUAUGAUGAAAAACGGCAGUUAAGUCUGGAUAUAAACAGACUUCCUGCAGAAAAACUUGGGCGAAUUGUUCACAUAAUACAAUCAAGAGAGAAUGCUAUGAGGAAUUCCAGUCCUGAUGAGAUCGAAAUAGACUUUGAAACCCUGAAAGCAUCCACACUAAGAGAACUUGAGAAAUAUGUUGCUACCUGUCUAAGAAGAAGACCACUAAAACCUCGUGGCCCGAAAAUAGUGAAAUCCAGAGCGGAACUGCUUGCACAGAGAAAACAGGAGCUAGAAAAGCGAUUGAUGGAAGUCAAUAAUCGAUUGAAUUGUGGAAAACGUCCAGCAAAAUGUGAGAAACCACAGCCAGUCAAGACUGUGGCAAGUGGGUCCCAGCUGAGUGAGAGCAGUAGCAGUAGCAGUAGCAGCAGCAGCAGCAGCAGCAGCUCAGGAGAGUCUGGAAGUAGCAGCAGUGACUCGAGUUCCUCUGACAGCAGUGAUUCUGAAUCAGAAACGCUUCCUAAAUUUACUGAAGUAAAGCAGAGUGAUUCAUCUUCUAAAGAGAAAGGAAAGAAAGUAGAGGCUUUAUUUCCCUAUCAGGGUCAGCCUGGCGUAUGGCAUAUACAAUCUUCAGUGCACGAGACCACCUCUGUGAAAACUACAGUUCACCAAACCCCUCAUUCAUGCACAGUACCACCCAAUCACUACCAGUUAACAGUUAAUAAGGAAUCAGAACAUUUACAGAAUGUAAAAAAUAUUUCGCCCUUAGAAAUUCUGCCUUCCUCAGGUAAUUCUGAACAGCAGGUGACUGAUCAGACGGUGAUGCAUCAGUCUGAUGAUAAUGCCCCAUUGGUGCUAGAAUCUGAAUGUCAAGUUCCUGUGCAGAAGGACAUAAAGAUCAAGAACGCAGACUCCUGGAAAAGUUUAGGCAAGCCAGUAAAAACAUCAGGAGUGCUGAAAUCUUCAGAUGAGCUCUUCAACCAAUUCAGAAAAGCAGCAAUAGAAAAGGAAGUAAAAGCUAGGACACAGGAACUGAUACGGAAACAUCUGGAACAUAAUACUAAGGAACCAAAAACAAUUCAAGAAAACCAGAGGGAACUUGGAGUCGCCCUGGACCCUGUUUCAAAUAAAAUACAAAACAAGUGCCUUGGAGAAGAAUACCAGCAGCCAUCAGAAGCUCAAGAUAAAAGCAAAAUCUGGCUUUUAAAGGACCGUAAUUUAGCAAGGGAGAAAGAACAAGAACGAAGGAGAAGAGAAGCAAUGGCGGGUACCAUUGAUAUGACUCUUCAGAGCGACAUUAUGACAAUGUUUGAAAACAACUUUGAUUAA